AUGGCAAACAGUGCAAGGAAAAAGAAGAAAAAGAAAGAGGUUACUAUCGAAACCAUUCAAAAAGAAUACUCACCAGUAUUAAGAAAGAAAAAAACAGAUAUAUAUAUCGCAUCUAACAAACCUAUUAAUAUUUACUAUCAACAAAUUUUAAAAACGUUGAAUAGUAAAACAAAAAAAGUGGAACACCUAAUUGAAGGGGAUAUCAAAAAGGCUAACAGUUGUGCUAUUCCUUCAAACGAUCAAAUCUGUAUAUAUGCUGUUGGAACUAAUAUCUUGAGAGCAUCUUACCUAGUGCAAGAUAUAGUUAAUUUUUACUACAACUUUUUACAUAACAUUCGAAACGGGGCUAACGUAAACGUGCCUAAUGUAAACUCGGCUUAUGUAAACGUGCCUAAUGUAAACUCGGCUUAUGUAAACGUGCCUAAUGUAAACUCGGCUAAUGUAAACUCGGCUAAUGUAAACUCGGCUAAUGUAAACUCGGCUAAUGUAAACAUUUCUAACAAGGGUAAAAGAAAAAAAUCUGUCGACGUUACAUCCCACAUUGAUAUUAAGGUUAAUAGUAAAACUCUACUUAUGAACGACAAUGUAAUUACAAAUAAAUUUUCCAUCAAGGAGGAUUUCUCAGAUGACGACUAUGCUGAUGUAAUCAAUUUUGCCAAGCAACCCUACAACCCCACACUACAUAAGUACAUCGAGCGAAGUAAAGAAAGGAGAGUGACGGUAGUCGCCAUUUCGAUAAAAAAGAAGAGCGGCAGUUGA